AUGUCAUCAGUUAAUUCAAAUAUUGAUAAACCAUUGGAACUUAUUCAAAAAACCUACACUUUGCAAGCAACAACAACUAAUUUAAAUUUAAAUCAUGAAAAUUCACCCUCGUCACGUUCUUCACUUGCCAAAAUAUCGACACAUCAACCAUCGAGAAAAUCAUCUGUUCAUGAUAUUCAUGAAACUACUCGAGACGAUCUUAACAAGGUUUUAGCAGAUAUUCAAUCAAAUCUUUCACGUUUAAAGUUCUUAAUGGAAACAACAACAUCUGUUCAAACAAUCAGAGAAGAAUUCUUUAAAUUGAAAGAUCAUUUGUUAAUGAAGAUUUUAGAAUUUAUUUCCAAAUUAUCAAAUGAAUCAACGCGAAGAGGUUCUACAUUAUCGAAAGGAAACACUGGAAGUUUAAUCGCAUAUCAUCCUCAACAUCUUGUUUAUUGUAUCGAACAUUUUCGUAGUGAACUCUUUAAAGCAAAAUAUUUAUUCAAUUCAUUGACAAAUUCAUCUUCGAUCGGUGUAGCAACUUUGAAUAAUAAUGAAAUAAAAACAACAUCAAACGAUGCAUUUGAUGGUCAAUUUCAAGAAUAUUUCAACGAAUCACCCGAUGCAAAUCAAAUCAAAAGAGAUAUUUCGACAUUAGAAGAACAUGCAUAUCUUUUAACGCAGAGAUAUUAUAGUCAAAUGCUUGAUUGGAAUAAUUUAGAUCAUUCGACUAUAACAGAUGAACGAAAUAUAAAUAAAAUUGAUGGAUCAAAUAUGAAUCGUUUUGCAACAAAUCAAUUAAAACAAAAAUUAUCAACGACAUCAUCGAUGGCUUCGUUUGAUGAGACCAAUUUUUGUUCGAGAAUUUAUCAAAAAUGUCGAAAUAUUUGCUGUAUGUGCACACCGAACUAUAUUUAA